AGAGAAAGCAGCGCUCAUCCUGAACCAUCUGCAUCUACUGCUGCAUCAUCAGCUUUUUCCCGUUGGUCUUGUUCGAGUGGGUGAAACUCAGAAGGAGCCUGAGGAACAGGUGUUUCACAGAUUUACAGACGGCAGAAAAAAAUGGGAAGAAAGAAAAUACAAAUCUCCCCUAUUAAGGACCAGAGGAAUAGACAGGUGACCUUCACCAAGCGUAAGUUUGGUCUGAUGAAGAAGGCGUACGAGCUGAGCGUGCUGUGCGACUGUGAGAUCGCCCUCAUCAUCUUCAACAGCACCAACCGUCUGUUCCAGUACGCCAGCACAGACAUGGACAAAGUGCUGCUCAAGUACACAGAGUACAGCGAGCCGCACGAGAGUCGCACCAACACAGACAUACUGCAGACCCUGCGCAAGAAAGGCGUCGGCAUCGAUAGCUCAGAGCUCGACAGCGAGGAGAGUGCACUGGUGGCUGCAGAAAAAUACCCCCUGUGUGAAGGCAUGGAUCUGUCUCUGACUCGUCAGCGCUUCUAUACUCCGUCUCUGCUCACUCCAGAGCCUCAGUUGCAGGUUUCUCCCGGCUGUGAAAACGGCUUCACCAACUCUUCUGGUUCCAUCGUGGCGUCCCACAGAGCCCAGGCCUUUAAACCCAUCAGCUCUAGACCCGGCUCUGCCAGUCCUGCUGCACCACACACGCACUCUGCUUUCAUGUCUGCACACUCAGGUAUCGGCUACCCCGUGUUGUCCCACAGUAAUCUGAACCGAGCUCUGGACAUGAAAAGUCCUCCUGUUCUGACCCUGGGCAGCGAGAGCCUGCGGGCAGACGCUGCUAAUCAGGCCAUGGCCCCCACACAUGUUAACCACAGCUCUGCUAGGGGUCUCUUGUACCAGGGUCUGCACGGCGGCAGCUCCAUGAUAGCCAUGAGCAAGGCAGGACUGCUGGGCCACAGUCUGGGGGCCUACAGCCUUCCUUCUCCUGCAACCCCUGAGUACAGCCAGUCUGGCUUUUAUCAGUCUGUACAGCGAGGAGCCGUGAACCCGUGGCAAACAGCUCAGCUGCCUCAGGAGCCCCAUGGGCCUCAUACAAGCCCGGGGACGUCCACUGGAGGGUGCUCCUUCCCUUCCCAAUGUUGCCCCUCAACCUCUCCACAUCUGCCCUCCCUCAAUCGCAACAUCAAAUCGGAGCGUUGCUCUCCCGAGCACAUGUCCUCGCCCACCUCUCCCCCUCUGCACCACCACCACCACCUCAGACAGCUAUCUCCAAUGAGCGACCUUGAGUCGGCUCGCCAUACACCUCCAGAAACCCGGCCAGCCAAUGGCACAAAGGAAUUUCCCACAGCCAGCGGCUACCAACAAGACGAGAAGGAAGGAGGGCAGCCACUGGGGCGGUUAGAGAUGAGUGAUGGCUGGCAGAGAUAGCUGGCUGCUGCGGCACCAUCUCCCCGUCUGUCACCUCAAUGCUCUUUAAAGGCAGUGCUCAUAACAUACACAGACACACACACACACACACACACACACACAAAUGUAACACUGAAUAUAUCCAAAUGGGGUCAAUUGGUCCUCGUCCUCCCACAGAGGAAGGAAUGUCUCUCUUUGUCUCACCACACAGAGCUGGUCUCUCCUGGGCAAUCACUCGAUUGAUCCACUGAGGAUCAUGUGAUGCAAAAAGAAAUUCGUUUUCUGUUUGGUUUUUCUUUCUUUUUCUUUUUCUCUUUCUCUGUGGAGAUCAUCCGAAUCAAAAAAAAAGAAAAAAAGGAAAAUUAAAAUGUGUUUGUUUUGUUCUGUGACUUUGUUGGAGGUAGCGUCAGCACAGUGGGACCAACUGAAUUUCUGCAAAACUAUAUUAUAUAUACAUAUAUAUACAUACAUAUAUAUGUACAUUUACAUAUGUAUAUAUAUAUAUAUAUAUAUACACAUAUAUAAAUAUUUGGCUUUCAGUGCAGCCUUCAGUGUUAAUAGGUCUGGUACAAAUAUUGGAAAAUAGCUGUAAUAUUACUCUCCACACUGCCUUUGUAUGAAUAUGACAAUGAAAAGCAGACAGGAAUGGAAAUGACACCAUUGUAACACCAGCAAAAACACCUGUAAAACUUUAUAAACCCCAUUUUUUAGAAACAUCGGGCUACUUUCUAAAAAUACAAUAAAACUCCCGAGUCUGUGUCAUCAUUUACGAUUAAUUUUAGUUUCACCAAGGAUAUUUUAUCCUUAUCCCUAUCCCGUAGUAGACAGUAUAUACGUACCCAUAAAUGACAUAAAACCAGUCAAGCUACACAAGAACCGACGUAAAUAUGUGGAAUAUCAACGUUUCAUUCAGAAAAUGACCUUAAAAUCCAGGGAACUUCAAGACAGCCAAGCUUUCCACACAGUUUUAUUUUAUGAAGACAUUUUAUUCACCAUUCAUCAAGCUAUGACAUGGUAGCAAGACAGUUUAUUAUGUAACACCACCAAAGGGCUCAAUGUUCAUGCACCUUCAGCAGCGAUUUCUCUCCUUAACCUUUACACCUUUACAUCUGCGACCUGUUUAUUUUGGAACCUUCCACAACUAACGUGUAUAAUCUUAUUUCUUUUUCCUUUUACCUUUUAAAUAAAAACUUCAAGUCGUUCAACAAGUUAGAGAUUUUAUAGUUGUUAUUGUAUUUUUUACUAAGGGUCCCAACUUCUCUGAAAAUGGGGUUUGUGUCUGUUUCAUCACUGGAGCCUUGGUCUGGUUUGAAACCGUGAAAAUGUGCCUUGACACAUUUACAAAAGUAGAGGUACAUGUUAUUUUAUUAUUAAGUUCUUCAACGGUCCUGUCCCUAAAAAUAUUCCUUUACAUUUAGUUUACGAAAUGAGAGAAAUCGUGAAUUCUGCACAAGAAUGUGGUUGAAGUUCAGCUUAUAUGAAACUGAAAUGGUCCAAAUCAAAUCAUGCAGGGUGUCUGUAUUACAUGUGUUAGAGGGAGGGUCAGUCAAGUUUAUUUGUAGGACAGCUCUCUUCUUACAGAGCAAAACAAAGUGUUAUUAUUUUGGAACCAAAUUAAGAGAGGAUUACCUCGAUAAAGAAAACCAUAAACUGAAUUGUGCAUAUUUAAAGAUGUGGGCAUAGAUCUGAAAAAAAACAAAAAACUGUGAACUGACCCUUUAAAAGCUUGGCAUUGGUGGAUCUCAGGAAUUUGGAUGAAUGUUUCCUUGAAUUUUAAAAUAAGGAUUUCCUCCCAUGUUUGUAUGUACGACGACAGUUGUGGAUAAGCUACAUUUCAGUCAUGUUGUCUUGAUUUAAUUUGUCAAAAUGUAUGAAAAUCUGAUUCCAAUAAAGACCCAGUUUUGUCCUUAUAUGCAUCACAAUCAAAUACGGCAACAUCCAAAUAUGUAUUUAUCUGAGGCAAGUCUAUUAAUAAAUCAGAUAAUGAUGUACAGUACAGUCUAAACUCCUUAUUUCAGAAGGGCUUGGUUUUGUACGAGUGUAUUGAUAUUUAUCAAUAUCACAAGACUCUGUAAUGGAUUAUUUCUUAAAUAAUUUCUCUGCAAAAACACAGAUUAUACCUUUUUAAAUGAUGA